UGUAGGGUUUAUAAACGUACCUUCACCGGGAUCCCAAAAGAAAAAAAAUAAAACAACCUGGUGAAUCACAAUUCACAAAUCACCGAUCUAGAAUCUUCUUCUUCUUCUUCUUCAUCUUCUCCACAACAACACAGUUAUGGGUUCUUCACGAGACAGCGACCAAUCACCACCUCACCAUCAUCAACCUCUCUUGAGCAGUCUCGUCGUUCGUCCUUCCCUCGCCGAGAAUUCACCCAGCGGCGGUGCUGCUCAUUCCAACGAUUACGAGCCUGGUGAACUUCGUCGUGAUCCUCCUCCUCAUCCUUACUCUCGCUCUGAUCGUUAUUCUGAUGAUGCUGGAUAUAGAUUUCGUGCAGGUUCCUCAUCUCCUGUUCACCGUAGAGACGCUGAUCACCGCUUCAAUUCUGAUUAUAAUCACUUCCCGCGAAACCGUGGAUAUGGUGGCGGAAGAGAUCCUGGCAGAUACCGAGACCCUCCACACCCGUAUCAUCGAGGCAGACCAGGUGGCAGGCCAUUUGGUAGGGGUUUUGAUGGACCUGGCUAUGGGCAUAGACAUGGAAGAGGGGAAGCCCAUGGUAGAAACAAUCCCAAUGUGCGCCCUAGGGAGGGAGAUUGGAUGUGUCCUGAUUCACUAUGUGGUAAUCUGAAUUUUGCAAGGCGGGACUUUUGUAACAAUUGUAAGAGGCCUCGUCCUGCUGUUGCUGGAAGUCCUCCUAGGAGGGGUUCUCCACCACUUCAUCAUGCUCCUCCUAGACGCUAUCCGGGACCUCCAAUUGACCGUUCCCCUGAAAGGCCUAUGAAUGGCUACAGAUCUCCUCCUCCUCGUCUGUUGGCAAGGGAUGGCCCUAGAGAAUACGGAGCUGCUGCUGCUCCGCCACCCUUCCGACACGAAGGUAGGUUUCCAGAGCCCAAUCUGCACAGAGAGCGCAUGGAUUACAUGGAUGAUGCCUACAGGGGGAGAAAUAAGUUUGAUAGGCCACCUCCACUGGACUGGGAUAACAGAGAUCGUGGUAGAGAUGGUUUCUCCAAUGAAAGGAAAGGAUUUGAGAGGAGGCCACUGUCACCUCCUGCACCUCCUUUGCCAUCACUUCCUCCCCAUCGCGGCGGCGAUCGUUGGGCUCGGGAUGUGAGAGAGAGAAGCCGUUCUCCCAUAAGAGGUGGACCACCAGCGAAAGACUACCGCAGGGAUAACGUCAUGAACCGUGUUGGAAGAGAUGAUAGGCGCGGUGUCGGACGUGACAGAAUUGGAGGAAUGUAUUAGCUGCAGGUGAUUAAAUGAAUGUAUUUUGUCAAUUAUUAUGUAAUGUUUAGCUUAAUUAGAUAUUGAGCUUUGUCUAGAGUUUGAGAGGUUAGUUCAUGAAUCUCCAUUAAUGGAGCUAACCCUUCGGGAAACAUUUUGAUAGUGUUGGAAUGCAUGGUACAUCGGUUUGAUUCA